AUGGUGAAGGCAACAAAAGGCUAUUUCCUCAGAACAGAACCCAGUGUGAAGGAAGUGAUACUCAAGCUUGGAGAGACGGAGAACUUCAUAAUAGAGGACAUAAAUGACACGUGCGUUUUCAUCACACCAGAGGCAGCCUCGGACAUCAAAGAGCGAGUUGAGCUCAUAAUGAACAAUGCAAAGAAUCCGGGGAAGUGA